UAGACGUGCACAGGUUUAGUAGCCUACUGUUCAGCACGAAACGGGAUUUGACAGCGCUUCAGCAAUUCCGUCAUUCAGUGUGACAGAAGAUUGUUUUUUACAUAACCUUCAGACACAUGCACAGUUUUAGAGGCAGAUCUAUAACUCCCUCUCUUGAGAGGAACAUGCACAAAUACGUGGAAAACAUUAUCUCUACACCAUAUAACCAACUUGCAUAGUGUCUUUCUGGUCAAAUAUGAGCAAGCCUUAACACAAACAAGAGAAGUGGAUCAGCAUUUAGGAUGAUGCAUUCAAGAUUAAAAUUAAUUUAACAACAUAUAGUGGCAAGCAUAUACAGUGCACUUUCCUACACAAGUGGAUAGUUCUAGAAGCGUUCCUGACCCUGACGGUGUGGAUGCGCAAAGGAUGCUGGGAUGCAAGGGAUCAUCUGGGACGGGGGUGAGAUACAAGCUGACUCUGGCUACAGGACUGCUGGAGUGCUUGUGUUUUGCUGGAGUCGUGUUUGGUUGGGCGUCUCUCGUGUUUGUCCUAAAGACAGAUGGCUACUUCAGCGAUUUGUGCAUCAAUGUGACAGACGCUAGUGGAGAACUUGGCACAGAUUGCAGUCUGCAAGAUGAGAAUUUCUCAUUGGUUUUUACUGUGGCCUCUUUCAUGAACAACUUUCUCACUCUGCCCAACGGAUUCUUCUACGACCAUUUUGGCACGAUGGCAACACGAUUUUUGGCUAUAUUUCUUUAUACCACUGGCACUCUUAUUGUGGCAUUGUCCAAUAAAGCUCUCUCUAUCUUGCUUUUUCCUGCUCUGUCCUUCAUAGCUGUCGGAGGUAUUUUAUUUCUAAUGACAAAUAUGCAGGUGGGGAACCUUUUUGGCUCUCAUAGAUCAACAAUUAUUACAGUCUAUAAUGGGGCCUUUGACUCUUCGUCAGUUAUCUUUCUUAUCAUCAAGGUGCUGUGUGAGAGAGGGGUUUCUCUUCGCUCCUCAUUUCUCUUCCUCUUAGCCUGUAAUCUCAUUCAUCUCCUCCGGACUCUUUUCCUUAUGCCAAAAUCACACAUUCCCUAUCCCAUCCCAGACGACUACAAAUAUGGGAUGAGCUGUGCUAAAUCACAUAGCUACAACGUUGAACAGUAUGAGGCAGAGCGAGGCCCGAGUUCAGACAGAGGCAGAGGUGUAGCUGAUGAGCCACUGGAGACUGACACGCUACAACUAACAGACAACUCUGAGAAAGACAGUUUUAGGAGCUGUGUUCUGUCCUGGUUCUUCCUGUGGCACCUCAUAUGGCUGUCAGUCAUGCAGCUGCGGCACUAUUUCUUCAUUGGAACUCUGAAUCCAAUGCUCAACAGACUGGCCAACCAAGACCCAGACAUUGUGAGUGAGUACACCAAUGCGUUUGCUUUCACCCAGUUCUGUGGAGUUCUCUGUGCUCCCUGGAAUGGACUGCUAAUGGACAGACACAAAAGAAAACCCCUAGAUCUAGGUGUGUCAGAAUGGGAAGCAGACCUGCACUCAUCCGUUCUGUCUCUCCUCCUCACCUCUCUGCAGUGCCUGUUGUUCUCCAUUUGUGCAAGCAUUCCGUUCCUCCCUCUCCAGUAUGUCACAUUCAUCCUUCAGGUCCUUAAUCGCUCUUUUCUGUAUGGAGGGAAUGCUGCAUUCAUCAGCAUAGCGUUUCCUGCCCGUCAUUUUGGAAAGAUGUAUGGUCUAGUGAUGUCUCUAUCAGCUGUGGUAUCAUUGCUGCAGUAUCCCUGCUUCGCCCUCAACAAAGUUCUUGAAGGAGACCCCUUCUGUGUGAACAUCAUCUUGACUGUCCUGACUCUGCUGGCCUUCAUUCAUCCUGUCUAUGUGUUUCUUCACUGCAGAGAGCUGGCAAAACAGCGAGAUAAUUCACAAAGUAUUUUAGAAGCCUCCAUACAGGAAACAUCAAUGUAUUAAUUUAAAUCUAGAGACAUACUUGAUUAAUGCAUAUGAUUAUGCAAACCUAUCUAAGCCUUAGCUUUUGUAACUGACAAAGGGAACAUUAAUAAGCAUUUUGAUUCUUGUAUAUUCAAAAGCAACAUUUUACCACCAUUGUAUUUUAGAGAUUUAAUUACUUGAAAAUAAGAGUUAACAGUCAGCUAUUAAAUUAAUUCCAUUUAAUUUAAUUGGUUAUUGAAUAUUUACAAUCUUUAUGAGUACAGAAAUAACAAUAAAAAUAUCAAAGUUUUUUUUAAUAGUUCACUAUUGGCAAGAACAGAUAUUUAGAUAAAAACAUUUGUUUAAACAUAAUGAUUAAGAAGCAAGGGGAGAUCACAUGGGUGUCAGAAACAUAGGGAUCUUUACAAUUGAUCUCCAGACUCUUCUGGAGUUGUAUGAUAUCCAAUUUUGCAUGUUAAUAUCCUGUUCCCACAGGAAAAGUAUUAACAGUCCUAAAAGAAUCACACAGCAACUCUAGACCCAUUAACCAGUGGUUUAUCUUCCAAAACACACAUAAUACUGAUUUAUAUCUGGCACUGCAGUUUAAGUCCACAAUGACCACUUACAUCUCAUAUACAGUUUCCAGUAGUAAUUAAUGUCCAUUCAGGGUUUAUAGCAUGUUUUAUAAAUAAUGUGUGCAACAGCUAUGCAUCCUAACA